AUGGCCCCCAAGCUCGACCCCAAUGAAAUCAAGAUCAUCUACCUCCGUGCGACUGGAGGUGAAGUUGGUGCUUCAUCUGCCCUUGCCCCCAAGAUUGGUCCCCUCGGUCUGUCACCGAAGAAGGUCGGAGAAGAUAUCGCAAAGGCUACAUCGGCUUGGAAGGGUCUACGGGUGACCGUCCAACUCACCAUCCAAAAUCGGCAAGCUGCCGUUUCUGUCGUCCCCUCCGCCUCGUCGCUUGUCAUCCGUGCGCUCAAGGAGCCCCCACGUGACCGCAAGAAGGAGAAGAACAUCAAGCACAGCGGCAACAUCCCUCUUGAUGAGAUUUUCGACAUUGCGCGGACAAUGAAAACAAAGUCGCUUGCGAAGGAGCUUUCCGGAUGUGUAAAGGAAAUUCUGGGCACCGCACAGAGCAUCGGGUGCACGGUGGAUGGGCAACCUCCCCACGAUAUUAUCGACGGCAUAAACUCAGGAGAGAUCGAAGUUCCAGACGCAUAA